AUGAAGGCGAGGUUUACAGGAAAGCACUCGUUCGAUCACGAGCUAGACUUUAUGAAGAUCUACAUACUGGCUCCUCCGAUCAGAAUCAAGAUUGAUUUGGCUGGUUCAGAUAUCUAUGCGAAUCUGGAUUUGCUAGUGUUUGCGGAAUUCUUGAAUCGCUGGUUCUACCCUUCAUUCGCCCUCGUUUCUCACCACCAACGAAGAUUCACCACCGCCGCCUUCCGCAGGCUCUGCAAGAAGACGCCUAAUGGCCCCAGCGUCAUCCAGAAGCUCCGCAAGAGCGCCGCCCAGCACGCUCUUGCCAAGGCCACCGACGACAAGGCCAAAGAGUUCCUCGCUCAGCGCAAAGCCACGAGGGACGAGACUACCAAUAAGAAGCAGGCGUUCCUCAACAAUGAGAAGAUCAGAUGCACCAAGGAAGCCGAGAGUAUUAGGCGCGAGCUGAUGUUGAGGGAGAAGAGGAGAGUGGCUAUGAAGAAGGCCUGCGAGGAACGCGUCAGCCUCUAUCGUGCGGAAAACAUCGGUGCUCCUGCUUCUGGAGCUUCGGCGUCUGAUCCUGGAGCUUCGACUUCGGCUGCUGCUCCUGGAGCUUCUGGAGCUUCGAAAGUUACUCCCCGUUCUCGCAAGGCUAUGCUGCUCGGCAGAGAGGAUAAGUUGCUUCUUUCUCAGGUGAAACCGAAGGAUAGAGGGUUGGUGAUGAGGCGUGAUCGCAAUUAA